AUGGAGUACGUGUCAAGCAGGCUGUCCAAAGAAGAUCCGUGCUGUGGGCAAUGGUGCGUGCAUGGAGACCAGGCAGUGGUGUGGACCGACGCCAGCUCUAUCGCUGCCGGUGUUGUUGUGGAAACACCGCAAGGAGCUGCCAUCGAGGACGCAUGCUGGAUUAGAAGAGAUGAGAGCUCCCACAUUAACAUGGCUGAGCUGGACGCAGCAGUUCGUGGCGUCAAUCUGGCCAUCGCGUGGGGCAUGCGAACCAUCGAUCUGCGAACAGACUCUGCGACUGUCUACCGCUGGAUUGACGAUGCGCUGAGUGGCCGGGCACGUCUUCGCACCAAGGCUCAUGGGGAGAUGCUGAUUCGCCGUCGGGUAGAUGUCAUCCGGCAGCUGGUGACGGAACUUGAGCUGGUCAUGUCUGUGACGCUCGUACGCUCCUCAGAGAACCGCGCCGACGCCCUCACGCGAGUCCCAGGGAUGACGCGUGCUGAAGCACGUGCUACUGUGCGGCAGUGUGAGGUGUGCCGCAAGAUCGACCCAGCGCCGGCGAAGUGGCAGCACGGGUCAUUGAGUGUGACUGAGACGUGGUGGCGUCUGGCGACAGAUGUUACCCACUACCUCGGUAGCGCCUACCUGUCCCUUGUCGACUGCGGGCCGUCUCGGUUCGCUGUGUGGCGGCACUUACGUCGUCCAGAUGCGGACACCGUCGUCAGUCACCUGGAACAAGUCUUCUGCGAGCGAGGAGCGCCGGCGGAACUGCUCUGUGACAACGACACUGUCUUCCGAGGCCGGCGAUUCGCAGCUUUCGCGGCGCGCUGGGGCGUGUCGCUGCGCUUCAGAGGGCAUACGCACCGUCUGGUACAGCGUGCCGUUCACACCUCCCCUGAUGUUGCAAGGAAGAACUACACGGUUGACGAUGCAGUGUGGGUUCGGAGGCGGGGCGAGCGCUGCACCUCAGCAUCGCAGCCCGGCGUCGUCACCAGGGUGAACUCGCCGCAGGUGGUAGAGGUUGAUGGAGUCCCACGACACGUCAGGGACUUGAGACACCGCAGCAGCCUCUCAGUGAACGAAGCUGGCACUCCAGAUGAACCGGGAGUAGAAGAUGAACCCCCGCUUCAUGUUGACGCGCAAAGCCAGCUGCUGCAGCCGCAGGUGGCUGAACCCCCACCUGAGGCACCACGAAGCCGUGCUUCGAAGGAGUACCCAGAGAAUGAUCUACAGGCAGUCGACCGAGCACCUGUAUACUGCCGCAUAGUAUACAGGUGCUCGGUCGACUGCCUCUCUGAAGAAGCCUUGUAG